AUGGCCUCCAUAUUGCGACAGAUUGUCGCCGGGCCGCGAGCACGACACGCCGAGUCGGAUCUGGACCUUUGCUAUGUUACGUCCAACAUUAUCGCAACCUCCGGUCCGUCUGGCACCUACCCCCAACGAGCCUACCGAAACCCCCUCGACCGGUUAGUGACCUUCCUCGACUCGAAGCACAAGGAUAACUGGGCGAUUUGGGAGUUCCGCGCCGAAGGAACAGGAUACCCGGAUGACGAGGUCUACGGUCGCGUCCGGCAUUACCCAUGGCCCGACCACCACCCACCGCCGUUCCGUCUGAUACCCAUGAUCAUGGCUAGUAUGCGGAACUGGCUACACGGGGGCAACCUCGAAAAGGGAGACGUCGCGAUAGGCGCUGUGGACAAGACGGCCGAAGCCAACACGGAGAGAGUCGUGGUUGUCCACUGCAAGGCCGGCAAGGGCAGAAGCGGCACCGUGUCAUGCAGCUACCUCAUCUCCGAGUGUGGGUGGAAGCCCGAAGAGGCUCUCACGAGAUUCACCGAACGGAGGAUGCGACCCAAGUUCGGUGCCGGCGUCUCCAUCCCCAGCCAGCUGCGGACCAUUACCUAUGUCGACCGGUGGACGAAGGGCGGGAAGAAGUACAUCGAUCGGGCCAUCGAGAUUGUUGAGAUACACGUGUGGGGACUCCGCAGCGGCGUCAAGUUCGACGUCGAGGGCUUUACAGAAGAAGGAAAGAAGAUCGAGGUCUUCCACACUUUCAAGAAGAGCGAGAGGAUCGUUGUCCAAGGCGAUGCGCCGAGCGGAGGAGGCGUUGGCCGCAUGAUGACUGACAUGGCGACCGUUGGUGUCAAGCCUACCGAGAAAGCUCCCAAGGCGGCCCCGCUUUCUGAGCCUACCAAUACGAACAAUGUCCGAAAGCCCAGCUCUGAGGUGAAGGCCGACGAGGACGAGACUGCUAAGAACGAUGGUUCCACAUCGUCAAGCGAGACAAUGAAACUUCGUAACGCAAAGACAACUUCCCUCAUCCGAGACCCUGGGUUGGACCAUGGUGCGAACCAGACAAGAAGCGAGACUGAAGUUCCAACGACAAUUCACUCCAGCACGCAGUCUGCCGGGAAAUCCAGCGAGGGUGAGGAUAGCGAACCAGGCGGCAUGGCUGUCAUUCUCAAGCCGAAGGAGACGAUUCGUAUUCCCAAUAGCGACGUUAACAUUUCCGUGGAGCGCCGCAACCGCACGUCCUCAUCAAUGGGCCUCACAAUGGUGACCGCCGUCGCCCACGUCUGGUUUAACGUCUUCUUCGAGGGCAACGGUCCGGAGCAAGAUGGCAAAGCCGACGCCAGCGGUGUGUUCGAGAUCGACUGGGAGGCUAUGGACGGCAUCAAGGGCUCCAGUAGGAAAGGGUCUCGCGCUUUCGACAAGAUCGCUGUGGUGUGGCGUGUCGCCGACUCACAACGAGCCGAGGACGGCGGCGACGAGGUCGCGCCGACGGAUGGUGAGAUAAUUACGGAACCCUCGACCAACUCGCCUGUACCGCAGAUGAGGCCCGCCGACUGGAAGGGCAACAACAAGGAGGACCCGAUCGCUGAGAAACAUCUAGGACUGAGGACCGAGAACCCCGAGAGCGCGGAUGUGAGCCGGGCGAGCAGCGUCAAGGACGCAGACAUCAAGGACGGAAACGAUACGGAUUCCCUCGAGGGUGUCAAGACAAGCGGUCCUUUUGGCGAGGAGAAAUUGGACGCUGGUGAUGUCGAUGUCAAGAAAAUCGAGAAGGAGGUGGGUGAGGCUACUAGUAGCCUGAACAGACAGGACCCUGGCCCAGAAUUGCUGAGCUCUCCUGAUACCGCGGGCGGGACGACAGAUCAGGGAACCGCGGAAGUGAAGAAGUGA